UCCUUAAAAAAAACAAUCGCAAUGGCAGAGGAGAAGCAAACCCCAGUUUCCACCAUGGCUGAAAAUUCCGAAGAAAUCCCCAUAACCACCGCAAAAACUGUCAAAACGAGUAAAAAACUUAGCCUAAUCCCUCUCAUCUUCCUCAUCUACUUUGAAGUUGCUGGCGGCCCUUAUGGUGAAGAACCAGCCGUUCAAUCUGCUGGCCCUCUUUUUGCAAUUCUUGGUUUUCUCAUUUUCCCUUUUAUUUGGAGUGUACCUGAAGCUUUAAUUACUGCUGAAUUAUCAACUACUUUCCCUGGUAAUGGCGGUUUUGUUACAUGGGCUUACACAGCUUUUGGCCCCUUUUGGGGUUCACUUAUGGGUACAUGGAAAUUUCUGAGCGGUGUUAUCAACAUUGCAUCUUUUCCUGUUUUGUGUAUUAGUUAUAUGGAAAAGCUUUUCCCAAUUUUCAGUUCUGGGGUUCCGAGAUAUAUGGCUAUUUUGGUAUCUACAUUGUUGUUAUCGUUUUUGAAUUAUACUGGAUUAGCUAUUGUGGGUUAUGUUGCUGUUGUUCUUGGGAUUGUGUCACUUGCACCUUUCAUUAUAAUGUCGUUGAUUGCGAUUCCGAAGAUUCAGCCUCAUAGAUGGAUUAGUUUAGGGCAAAAAGGGGUGAAGAAGGAUUGGAAUAUGUUCUUCAAUUCAUUGUUUUGGAAUUUAAAUUUUUGGGAUAAUGUGAGUACUUUGGUUGGUGAAGUUGAAAACCCGAAAAAAACUUUUCCUAAAGCACUUUUUUCAUCAGUAAUCUUAACUUGUUUUGGUUAUUUAAUCCCACUCAUGGCUGUUACUGGAGCAGUAUCAGUUGAUCAAAGGGAAUGGGAAACAGGGUUUAUGGCGAACGCGGCGGAGAUGAUUUCUGGUAAAUGGUUGAAAUUUUGGAUUGAAAUUGGAGCUAUACUAUCAUCAAUUGGAUUAUUUGAAGCUCAGUUAAGUACUUGUUCUUUUCAGCUUUUGGGUAUGGCUGAAUUAGCAUUUUUGCCUAAAUUUUUUGCAUUAAGGUCAAAAUGGUUUAACACACCAUGGGUUGGGAUAUUAUUAUCAACAGCAAUUUCAUUAAGUAUGUCUUAUAUGAACUUUACUGAUAUAAUAUCUUCAGCUAAUUUCUUGUAUAGUUUAGGUAUGUUUUUGGAAUUAGCAUCUUUUCUUUGGUUGAGAAGGAAGUAUCCAUUGGUCAAUAGACCAUAUAAAGUACCAAUGAAGAUGCCAGGAUUGGUUGUUAUGUGCUUGAUUCCUAGUGUAUUUUUGGUGUUUAUAAUGGCUAUUGCAACUAAGAUUGUGUUUCUUAUAAGUGGAUUGAUGACUGUUGGAGGAAUUGGAUGGUACUUUUUUAUGAAGUUUUGUAAAACCAAGAAGUGGCUCAAGUUCUAUGAUGAUGUGGAAGAGCCAAUAGUGGGAUGAC